AUGCCCUGCUUCAAGGGCAUCGCGGUCAGCAUCCAUGCAAAUGGCGCUCCGCUCCCCGAGUACGGCAUGCAGAAGCAGUCGCGUGUCUCGCGCAUCAAUUCCUACAUCCCCGUCCCGCCGCCCCAGAUAGACUCGGGCAAGCCCGAGCCCGCCAAGUUUGCCAUAUCCAUCACCCUUUUGACGUCGGGCCUCGCCAUCCCCUACUCGACGCCCAAGGCCACCGAGGCCAACCCGUACCCCAAGCCCCAGCUGGUCGGCACCCUUCCCCCCUCCACCGCCGAGCGGGGCAUGUCCGGCGUCGUCACGCCCUACAUACCCAUGACCAACUCGGAGCACGAGACCAUCGCCGCCUACAUCUACUUUGACGGCCGAGCCAAGGAGGAGGUGGCCACGCUGCUGCGACCGGGAGAGGAGACCUGGGUCAAUAGUAGAUGGGUCCAGGUCCCCAUCUCCGAGGGCGGCGGCCUGGCCGAGCGAGAGUUCCUCUUCCGCGAGGUCGGCUUGGAGCGAUGGCUGAACGGACUGGACCUCGAGGGCCACGACGCGGCCGAGAAGGUGGAGAAGCGGCGUCAAAAAUUCGAGAGGCGACGACGGCGGCAGGAGGCCAUGCAGGGCGGAGGAGAUCUCGACAUGGACAGCAAGGCCAAGGCGUCGCGAGACACGUUCCGAUACGGCAGCGCAGACUCGCAGUCGCCGGUCGAGGCGGUCUCGGACGACUUCUCCGACUCGAUGGACUCGGACGACGAGCCCCCAGAGGCCACCGGGCAGAUCAAGGUGGCUAUGUUCCGCGUUCUCGCCUCGGGUGAGAUCAAGAAGGGGGAGUACUCGCCGCAGUUCGACGCGCACGACGACGACGACGACUACGAAGGUGGAAACAAGGCGGACACCGGCAAUUCGAUCGACGCCGACGUCGAGCACACCACUAGUUUUGCUAAGCCCAAGACGCUGGACCCCAAGACCAUCUCGACCCAGACGGUCACGGGGAUCGAUGGCCCGGAGAAGCCCUACGCCACCUUUACCUUCUUCUACCGCGGUGAACGCCAACUACAAAAGAUGGGUGUUCUGCCGUCCUCCAAGGGCCAGCAGGCGACUCCCACGUCCAACAAGCGGCGAUCUGCCCAGCUGGACUUCUCUAACCUCGGACCUCUGAAGACCGGCGGCACUGUAGGCUUCUCUACAUUCCGUGACAACGCGAACGACUCGGGCAGGCGACGCAAGCAGCGCAAGAGCGUCGGCGGCAUGGACGAGGACAGCGAGUCAGACGACGACUCUGACCAGAUCUUGGGCAGGAUGGAGGACGUUGACGAUAAGGUCGUCAAGUCAAAAGUCGACCCCGAGGAUGCCAAGGUCACCGGCGAGCUCGCCGAGGGCGUGGAUCGUGUCCGCGUAGGUCUCUCUGCUCUGUCGUGCGAUGUGGAUGACGAUGAUGAACUGACUCCGAGGAAAAAGCUCAAGAGGCAGCACUCUGCCGACCCGGACGGCAGCCUCGCCGCGUCCGGCAUGCCGCGCAAGUCGCCGAGCGCGGGGCCCUUUGGCGGCUCCGAGACGCCGCCCGAGACCAAGGGCGGACAGCCCAUCCCCGGCGCGUCGUCGUCGUCGUCGGGGGCGGCGGCGGCGGGGGGCAUGGCCACGGGCACCGCCGGUAUGUUUGGCAAGAGCUUCGACGACGCGAUCGUCGGCAGCCCGCUCAAGAAGCACCGGGCCAGCAUACACGGCAUCGGAGACGAGAGCGAGGAGGCGCCGCGCCCCGCGAGCUUUCCACCGGCACUGGGCGAUGUACUGGCAAAGGCAGAGGCGGCGCAGCAGCAGAAGCAGCAGCAGCAGACGAAGCAGGCGGCGGCCGUGAAUGAAGAGGAAGAGGAGGAGAUAUAG